AUGGCAUCGUCAGAAUCCAUCAAUCUGAUCAAGGGCUGGCCGAGUACAUCGUUACUCCCCACCGACCAUUUGAGCAGAGCGGCUCACAAAGCAUUGGCCGACACAUCCGUCGCCUUUCCCGGCCUGCUCUACGGCCCUGAUGAAGGCUACACUCCACUGAGAGAAUCUCUUGCUACUUGGUUGACCUCCUUUUACCACCCCGAACAACCCAUUGCCAAAGAAAGAAUCACAAUCACCGGCGGUGCCUCUCAGAACCUGGCUUGUCUUCUUCAGGUUUUUACAGAUCCGGCUUACACCAGAGAUAUCCUCUUUGCUGCUCCUGCUUACAUGCUGGCCUUUCGAGUCUUUGAGGACAAUGGCUUCUCUGGGAAGAUGAAAGCAGUACCCGAGGACGAUGAUGGAAUGGAUAUGGCCGCUCUGAGAAGAGCACUCGAGGAAAGCGAGAAGCGCUCGCCCGAGAACAAGACUCUUAUGUUCAAACCUCCAAGGCCCUAUGCAAAGUAUUACCGCCAUAUCAUCUACUGCGUGCCCACCUUCUCAAACCCUUCAUCAAGGACUUUGCCUCUAGACCGCAGGAUUGAGCUCGUAAAGUUGGCUCGAGAGUUCGAUGCUUUGGUAAUCUCGGACGAUGUAUACGACUUCUUGCAAUGGUCUGCAGACUCAAACACCUCUGACAGCAUCACCAAAGCGCUAUUGCCUCGUUUGGUCGAUAUCGACCGCUUCCUCGACGGUGGAGCAGAGCGCCCUGGUGCAGAUCUCUUUGGAAACACGACAAGUAGCGGCAGCUUUUCCAAAAUUGCAGGACCUGGUCUGCGAGUGGGCUGGUCCGAGGGGUCGCCAAAAUUCGCCUACGGAGUCUCCCAAACCGGCUCUUCUUGCAGUGGUGGAGCACCUUCUCAACUCACAUCUACUUAUAUGAACAUCUUGGUCAAUGAAGGUACCAUGUCUGAGCACAUUUUCAAGGUACUACAACCUGCCUAUGCUUCACGAUACAAGACCCUGGCAUCGGCAAUUAAGGAACAUCUUUAUCCUCUCGGGGUCAAGCUGCCGCAGCCAAAUCAGCGUGUGGUCGGAGGGUAUUUCUUGUGGGUGACACUGCCUGACAAUGUCAAAGCUAUUGACUUCGCCAAAAGGUGUCAAGAUGAGGCUCAAGUCAUCGUCGCACCUGGAAGCAUUUUUGAAGUUCCCGGAGAUGACAGUGUCAAGUUUGAACAUUCCAUAAGACUAACCUUCAGCUGGAUCGACGAACACUUGAUGGUCGAAGCUGUCAAGAGAAUCAGUACGGUUCUUGAGAGAUGUUUGAAGGGUGAAGCUACUAUAGAGGCACCCAAGCAGAGCAAAGUCAGCGAGAACCCGUACUAG